AUGGCAAAUGUCAAAGGCUACGAGGCAGAGCACUUUAUCGUGACGGCUCCCGCCGAGUACGUACUACGCGUAGAGAUCAAUCGCCCGAAGAAGCUUAAUGCCUUCUUUGAGCCCAUGUGGCUCGAGCUGGGUGCAUUGAUGAACAAAGCAUCGCACGACCCAGACUACCGCGCCGUCGUCAUCACCGCUGCCGGGGACCGGGCAUUCACCGCCGGGCUGGAUGUCGAGGCCGCAGGCGAAGGUGGCCUUUUGGGCACAAGCACAAACCUGGACCCCGCGCGCAAGGCGACGACGGCAAGACGGCAUAUUGCAGAGUUCCAAGACUCUAUCACGGCGAUUGAGAAGUGCGAGAAGCCCGUCAUCGUUGCACUCCAUGGCCUUUGCAUCGGUCUUGCCAUCGAUCUUGCCAGCUGCGCGGACGUCCGCUUCUGCACCAAGGACGCGCGCUUUUCCGUCAAGGAGGUCGACAUCGGUAUCGCCGCUGACAUUGGUACUCUCACGCGCCUGCCCAAGAUUGUUGGCAGCUUCUCAUGGGUCAAGGAGGUGACCAUGUCCGCCAGAUGGUUUGACGCAGAUGAGGCGUUGCGUGUCGGCUUCGUCAGUCGCAUUCUCGACAACAAGGCCAAGGCUGUCGAGGCGGCCCUCGAGUAUGCGAGCCUACUGGCUGGCAAGAGCCCCAUUGCUGUACAGGGCACCAAAGAGUUGCUGAACCACGCGAGGGAUAACACCGUCGCCGACAGCUUGAGGUAUACUGCUAUCUGGAACGCGUCGAUGAUCCAGUGCAAAGACACGGAGGAUGCCCUCCUGGCAGGCCUGAAGAAGCGGACACCAACAUUCUCGAAGUUGUAA